CUCUCCCCCCUCCCUCCAUCUCUCUCUCUCCCUCUCUCUCUCUCUCUCUUGCUGCCUCACUCAUUCCCCGAGCAGCACAGCGAGCUGGAUAAACGUCUCCUUCAGCCCCGCAGCACACAGACUCAUUUCUCCUCACACCAGCUCUGAGUGGAUGCUCAGCAGGGGUGUGUGAGAUAUUAGCGCGCUGUGGGAGGGGGGGAACUCCUCAGGGACUUCUACCAUCCACAUACAGAACGAAGAUCCAGCAGUCAGGAGGAAUAUGGGCAAAUCCGAAAGCCAAAUGGAUAUCAUGGAGAAAUCAAGUAAACCUGGCAAGCGUCGUUGGACCGUUGCAGAGAUCGGUCUGUCUGUGCUGCUGAUGCUGGUCAGCUGUGCCUUGGCUGGGCUGGUGGUCCUCUACACGUCAGUUUUGAAAGAACAAUAUACCAGGACGAGUGUGUCAAAGAGCUCAACAAGUGAAGGCCAGCAGUUUCGCGCCAACCCUCCAGAUGUGUGCACAACUGCAGACUGUGUCACUGCAGCCGCUCGCCUCCUGCAGAACAUGGACAAGUCUGCAAAGCCUUGUGAUAACUUCUACCAGUACGCCUGUGGGGGAUGGCUGGAGCAACAUGUCAUCCCGGAGACGAGCUCCCGUCACAGUGUCUUUGACAUUCUGAGGGACAAACUGGAGAUUGUCCUCAAAGGUGUUCUAGAGACGGAGAAAGAGCAGGACAGGGAAGCCAUCAAGAAGGCCAAAGUCCUGUACAGCUCCUGCAUGAAUGACAGUCUCAUCGAGCUGCAUGACUCCCAGCCCCUCCUGAAGCUCAUCGACAGUAUCGGAGACUGGCCUGUGGCGUCAGAUGACUGGAACACCACAUCAGAGGAAGCUUGGAGCCUGGAGGACACACUGGCAGUCCUCACCGGUCGUUUCCACAAGAGGGUUUUGCUGGACAUGUAUGUGUGGACGGACGACCGUGACUCUCGGCGCCAUAUAAUUUAUAUUGACCAGCCAGGCCUUGGAAUGCCAUCCAGAGACUAUUACUUCAACGAUGGAAAUUACAAAAAGGUUCGAGAGGCCUACCUUCAUUUCAUGGUUUCUAUCGCGAAGAUAACCCGAGAGGACAGGAACUUGACUCAGGAUGACGACCGUGUGUGGGAGGAAAUGAUGCAAGUGCUGGAGCUGGAGACAGACAUCGCCAACGCCACAUCACCAGCAGAGGAGCGCCAAGAUGUCACCGUCCUCUACAACAAGAUGACUUUGGUUGAGCUGCAGAGCACUUUCAGCCUCAAUGGUUUUAACUGGACACGCUUUCUUCAAGGUGUGCUGUCUGGUGUGUCCAUUAAGGUGCAGGUUGAUGAGGAGGUGGUAGUUUACAGCUCUCCCUACCUUGAGAAGAUGAAUGAGGUUCUCUCCAGACACAGCGUCAGAACUAUGCAGAACUACCUCACCUGGCAGCUCAUCAUCGACAGAGUUAACAGCCUGAGCCGCCGUUUCAAAGAUGCCAGAGCUCGUUACAGGAAGACUCUCUAUGGGACCACUGUGGAGGAUGCUUGGUGGCGGGAAUGUGUCCGAUAUGUUCAGAGCAGCAUGGAGAAUGCAGUGGGAGCUCUGUAUGUGAGAGAGAGCUUCGCUGGAGAGAGCAAGCAAAUGGUCAGUAAUCUCAUCAGUAAGAUCCAGCAGGCGUAUGUGGAAACACUGGAGGAGUUAAACUGGAUGGAUGCUCCCUCAAAGGAGAAGGCUAGAGAGAAGGCCAUGGCAAUCAAGGAGCACAUUGGCUAUCCGGAUCACAUCCUGCAGGAGAGCAACCAGAAGCUCGACCAGGAGUAUGCUCAUCUUAAUUUCAGUGAAGAGCAUUAUUUUGAGAACAUCCUGGAGAAUCUGAAGUCAGAGGCACAGAAGAGCCUGAAGAAGCUCAGAGAGCCAGUUGACCCUGACCUGUGGAUCAUCGGUGCUGCUGUAGUGAAUGCAUUCUACUCACCAAACAGAAACCAGAUAGUGUUUCCUGCAGGAAUCCUGCAGCCGCCUUUCUUCAGUAAACAACAGCACCAGGCCCUAAACUUUGGAGGAAUAGGAAUGGUUAUCGGCCAUGAGAUCACACAUGGUUUUGAUGAUAACGGGCGUAAUUUUGACAAGGACGGUAACAUGCUAAACUGGUGGAGUAAUUACUCUGCAGAGCAUUUUAAAGAGCAGUCAAAGUGCAUGGUACAACAAUACGGCAACUUCAACUGGAAGCUAGCAGGUGGACAAAACGUCAGCGGUAUCAGCACUCUGGGGGAGAAUAUAGCAGAUAACGGAGGGGUUCGGCAAGCCUAUAAGGCUUACUUAAAGUGGGUGGAGAUACAGGGUGAAGAGCCUCGUCUACCUGGUCUAGAUAUGAAUCACAAGCAACUUUUCUUUCUCAACUUUGCCCAAGUGUGGUGUGGUGCUUAUCGGCCUGAGUAUGCCAGCCAGUCGAUCAAGACUGACUCACACAGUCCCUUAGAAUACAGGGUGCUUGGAUCUCUCCAGAAUUUCGAAGCGUUCUCAGAAGCUUUUCAGUGCCAAGAAGGGACUCUAAUGAACCCAGAGCAGAAGUGUCGUGUCUGGUAGACAGUUUUACUCUACGUGUAUUUAUUUCUUGAUAAGGACAAUUUGAAUUAAAAGAAUAAGUUGUUCUUGUGAAACUCCACAGAGACAUUAUACGUAUUACAAUAUAUUUGGAUAUUGGGUAUUAUAAAUGUAAAUGGAUGACAUCCUGGAUCACACCUGUAAGCAUGUAUAAUAUAAAAAAGAAACUUGCUUGGGUGUCUUCUCAAGCUUAGAGUGUUGUCUCUGGAUGAGUUGGUCACUGUUGUUUUUUUCCCGUCGCCCACAUCAGAUGAGGGAUGGGUACAAAGAAACAGAAACAUGACUUUGGCACUAAGUUGAUUUAAUGUUUUACAAACCUGGUGCACUAGAGAAGAAACAAUGGUUGAAAAAAAUCAAACUUUGACAAGAGAGUAUAGAAUCAUUGAAAGCUGUCGGUUUUGCUGAGGUAAUGCUUCAAUAGAAUUAGUCACACUCUGAGAGUUUUGCUUGUUCACUGUUACAUUUAACAAAUUAUCUAAAGACUUUAAGACUGUUAAAUCUUUGCAGCUUUAAACUGAAAUUAACAUUCUGCUGAAGCUGCUGCUCUUGUUCUUUUUAAAUUUACAGAGUGGAUAGAUAUUUAAAUUUACAAAGCUGUUUAAUACUUUUUGGAGAAUUCCUUUUUUUCUAAGUUCCUUUAUCAGGUCCUGCAAAUAAUCGUUGCUGAAAACUCACUGCAGAGCUGUAUAUUUAUGUCAUGACUGUUUGCUGUUUAAAAAAAUAUUCCAGAUGUUUUUACAAAUAUUGGUGGCCUGCUGCUUUGUAGCCUGUGUUAAUAAACCUGUAAGUGAUA